UCCCGAUCUAGGGAUCCCACCCAACCGCGGCCCUCUGCCCGUAAGGAGAACCCUAACUCUAAACCUAACCCUCGCGUUCGUUCCGGCCAUCGACACAAUGCCUGGCCGCAGGGGAUUCGGGGGGUUCGAGCUCACCGAGGCACUCUAUGUCCUCUAUCCAUAGAGAAUACUCUUUUCAGAAAUAAUGGGGAUGGUGCAGAUUUUGUGAAUAUAUUGCUAAAGCUUCCAUUUACCCAUUCUUUUAUGCUCACUGAAUCUAAUCCUCCCUGGAGAACAAAAUGCCUCUCGGUCCAAGUUCAGUCCAAAAUUGGUCCUAGCUUAAAAACUGAAAGCAUUCUUGAAGUGUUGGAUUUGGGUCUCCAGGAUGAAGCUGAUGAGGUUAGAAUUGAAGCUGUCAUUUCUAUGCCGGUGAUUGUCUUGUGGUCUGGUCUUGAUGUGCUCUUCAGAAGGCUGGACACUGAGAAGCCUAUGGAGAUUGAUCACCACUUGUAUGAAUUUGGGUCGGUGGAAUACCAUGUCCAGAUCAACACUUGUAACUCAUUCUAUUGUGACCAAUUCACACCAAAUUCUCCAAACAAGCCCAAAAUGUGGACUGAAAAUUGGCCUGGAUGGUCUAAAACAUUUGGGGCACUGGAUCCUCACGGACCACGUGAAGAUAUUGUUUUUUCUGUUGCUCGUUUCUUCUGGAAAGUGAAUUACUACAUGGAUCAUGGUGGUACAAAUUUUGGUCGCACAUCUGGUGGACCAUUCAUCACUACUACUUACGAUUAUAAUGCACCAAUUGAUGAAUAUGGUUUAGCUAGGCUUCCAAAAUGUGGACAUCUUAAGGAGCUUCGUAGAGCUAUAAAGUCAUGUGAGCAUGUAUUGCUCUAUGGUGAGCCGAUUAAUUUGUGACUAGGUCCUUCACAAGAGGUGAUUCCUUUCUCCUUUUAACCUUUGAACUUCCUUG